GAACGGGAAAGGGGUAACAAUGGCGGCUAACUCCGCCCAUUCGCACGGGUCUGUCCUCACACGGGCUGAAAAGAGUUUCAAUUCGGGGUACGUUAACGGGUCGACUUCUCGUCCACGGUGACCGCUUCGUUUUCCGCUACACUUGCUACUCCAAUAAAGUUAAUAAAAAUGGCAAUGACACUUGCUUACUGGGAUAUUCGUGGGCUUGCUCAGCCCGUCCGCCUCCUGCUGGAGUACACUGGUACCAAGUACGAAGACAAGUUUUAUUCCUGUGGUGAAGCUCCAAACUAUGACAAGAGCUGCUGGUUUGAUGAAAAACCAAAGCUUGGAAUAGACUUUGCCAAUCUGCCAUAUCUGGUGGAUGGAGACAGGAAGAUCGUGCAGAGCAAUGCCAUCAUGAGAUACAUUGCUCGUAAGAACAAUAUGUGCGGAGAGACUGAAGAUGAAAAGGUCCGUGUGGACAUCCUGGAGAACCAGUCCAUGGACUUCAGAAAUGGCUUUGUGAGGAUGUGCUACACUGACUUUGACAACAUGAAGCCGGGAUACAUCAAGACCCUGCCAGGCGUAUUGAAGCAGUUCUCAGAUUUCCUGGGCGACAGGAAGUGGUUUGCUGGUGACAAGAUCACAUUUGUUGACUUUAUCAUGUACGAGCUGUUGGAUCAACACAGGAUGUUUCACCCUCCAUGCCUGGAUGAAUUCAAAAACCUCAAAAAUCUUAUGGACCGUUUUGAGAACAGUGCUUUGUUCUCAGCAUCUGCUCCAUCCACAUCCACUCCUGCUCCAAACGACUUCACCAAAAUGGCAAUGACUUUUGGUUACUGGGACAUCCGCGGGCUGGGCCAAUACAUCCGCCUCAUGCUGGAGUACACCGGCUCCAAAUAUGACAACAAGGUCUAUGUCUGUGGUGAAGCUCCAAACUAUGACAAGAGCUGCUGGUUUAACGUGAAGUUUAAACUUGGACUGGACUUCCCCAAUGUAAGAGAGUUCAACCUGUGCAUCAUAACUUUACUCAGCAGGUUUUUGCUGCUCAGUGAUUUAUUACAAACAAAACUUUUAAUGCAGCUUCCCUACCUGGUGGAUGGGGACAGGAAGAUCGUGCAGAGCAAUGCAAUCAUGAGAUACCUUGGUCGUAAGCACAAUUUGUGCGGGGAGACUGAGGAUGAGAAGGUCCGCGUGGACAUGCUGGAGAACCAGAUCGUGGAUGUCAGAACUGCCUUCAUUAGGAUGUGCUACACUGACUUUGACACCAUCAAGCCAGAGUACCUCAAGACUCUACCAGGUGUACUGAAGCAGUUCUCAGAUUUCAUGGGGAACCGGAAGUGGUUUGCUGGUGACAAGCUCACGUUUAUCGACUUCACUGCAUACGAGCUGCUUGAUCAACUCAGGCUGUUUCACCCUCCAUGCUUGAAUGAGUUCAAAAACCUUAAAGACUUCAUGGACCGUUUUGAGGGUCUGGAGAAGAUUUCUGCCUACAUGAAAUCAGGCCGUUACAUCAAGGGCCCCGUCCACAACAGGAUGGCCAAAUGGGGAAACAAGAAGCUGUGA